CAACAGCUUAGUAUGGCUCAGUGUAUGGACAACGAAUUUAAACAAGUUUUUACAACUACCUGAAGGCACUUUUUUAGCACACCGGCUUUCAUUUUACUGAGCCAUGGAGUCCGAGAUUCCUGUGCUGCCACCACCUGAGAUUGAAGAGAUGUCAGAAGAAAAUGGCAGUGCUGCAGAGGCUCCUGAAGCCCCAACAGGCCCUGACACCACUUCCUUCUCCAUGCCCCAAGUUGCAGAAGAUGAGGAGGGAGAACUGCCUGCAGACUUUGAGCGACUGUGGAAAGCCGCCCACGACAAUCCUCAAGACUUCACCAGCUGGACUGACCUUCUACAGUACUGCGAGCAAGAGGGUCACAUCACAGCUUCACGCAGAGCACUAGAAGCCUUCCUUGCUCGCUAUCCACUCUGCUACGGCUACUGGAAAAAAUUUGCUGAUCUCGAGCGCCGUGCUGGGUACAAUGACAAAGCAGAAGAGGUGUGUGUUCAGGGUCUGAAAGUCAUCCCUUUGAGUAUAGAUUUGUGGAUCCACUACAUUAACCUGCUGUUGGGAACACUGGACAUGAACCUUCCUGAGUCACCUAUACGUAUUCGCAGUGUGUUUGAGGAUGCAGUGGCAGCAGCAGGCUUGGACUUCCACUCAGACAGGCUUUGGGAUCUUUACAUCGAGUGGGAGAAGGAACAGGGGAACAUGAGGAACGCAGCAGCCAUCUUUUACAGAGUCCUUAAAGUCCCUACACAACUCUACAACACCCACUACGAAAAGUUCAAAGAGCACCUAAACAGCCAUGAGCCCAAGGAGGUGCUCACCCAGGAGGAGUAUGAGGAAGUUAGGGCCUCGUGCCGUCAGAGUCAGAAGGCAGAGCGGGCUGAACAGAAUCAGGAGGAGAAGGAGGAGAGACCACCAGGGGAGGAGGAGCCUGCUACACCUGAGGGUACAGACACAGAGGAGUUAAUGCAGAAGAUCAGGGAACAAGUGCUGGCUCGAAUGGACAAAGUGUACCAGGACAACGAAGGAGAAGUCCGCAAGAGAUGGCACUUUGAGGAUGCUAUCAAACGUCCAUAUUUCCACGUCAAGCCACUCGACCGCCUUCAGCUGCGGUCCUGGCACUUGUACCUCGACUGGGAGAUCGCUCAGCUGAACAAGGACACUAAAGACCCCACCCAAGACUCAAAUGAGGCAGCUACAGAGGUGUCAGAGGUCACAGCGCAGCCACAGGAGGGCUCAGAGGACUGUCUUGUUGCUCAUGAUGACCACAGGGUUCGUAUCCUCUUUGAGCGUUGCCUGAUAGCCUGUGCUCUGUAUGAGGAGUUCUGGACCAGGUACACUCAGUACCUAGAAGCCCAGAGCGUGGACCAAGCGAGGGCUGUUUACAAACGAGCCUGUGAGAUCCACCUGCUCUACAAACCCAACAUCCACAUGCAGUGGGCCACCUUUGAGGAGCGGCACGGUGACCUCACUGAGGCUCGGAGAGUGCUGGAAGCUCUGGAGAAAACCCUGCCUGGGUUGGCGGUGGUCCGUCUUCGCAGGGCGGCUUUGGAGAGACGAGCUGGUCAGCUGGACCAAUCAGAGGCGUUGCUGCAGGAAGCAGUGGCAGAGUCCAAAGAGAAGCCCACAUUGCACGCUUUCUACUCAAUCAAACUGGCUCGUCUGCUGUUGAAGGUGGGCAGGAACCCCAGCAAAGCCCGCAGGAUUUUACAGGAAGCACUGGAGAUCAGUCCGGAUAAUGACAAACUACACCUAAACCUAUUGGAACUGGAAGUGUCAGGGGACCCCUGGGCCUCAGCAGAGGCAGUGCAGGAGUGUGUGACACGAGCCCUUGCAGCUCCCCUGGCCCCACACACCAAAAUCCUCCUCUCACAGAGAGGUUUGCAGUUCGCAGAGGACUACAGCAACUCUAUUGAGAGUGUGCUGUCUGUGUAUGAAGAGCACCAGAAACUUCUGAAGGAGCUAGGUGGAACAAAGAGAGGAGCCGAGAACGGGGAUGAGGACACAGAGAAACUGAACAAAGGUGACGAUGGCUCUGCUGUUGCUGAGUCUGAACAAGUCGCGCCUACCAUGCCGCAUGUUCCUAUCACCACUCCGCCUCCUCCUGUGAUGGGCACUGAUAUGAGUUCGCAGUCUGGCUAUGGGGGAUACAGCAGCUGGUACCAGCAACCACAGUACGGCAGCUAUGGCUACCAGAACACCUGGAACUACAACCAGGGCUACUAUCCGCCCAGCUAAAACAGAAGUCAGUGAUUUGGACUCCAAAAAGGUCAAAGAAAGCAUCCAGAAAGACUUCUAAGCAUCACAACAAAGUGAACUUUCCAGUCCUGCAGGUCCACCUGCAAAAAAAGACAUCCCAGCAUCUUCCUCUCACUGUCCUGGAUUUUUGAGUCAUGAGCCUCCUGACUGAGCUCUUUUAACUUGUCAUUUUUCACUGCUGUUUCUGAUCAAGAUGAAAGGACACCAACUCUCAGCAUGUCAGUCUGUCUGCAUUUUAAUCUUCAAUAUUUUUGUAUUUCUUUGCAACCUCCUUGGUCAACAUUUAAAGGCAUUGUGGUUUUAUUAAACUUGUCUGUUGAUGAUGUUUGAUAUUUUGUACCAUUCCAGAGUAGGAUAUUUGUUGUUUUUUCUAAUGUAUAUAA